AUGAUUCAAUUACUUCAGUCGAAGAGCGCUGAUAAGGAAUCGAAAGCCAGUGAUCAGAAAGAAGAAGCCAAAGAGAGCAAGGAAGAGAAGAAGCCGGAUGCGAAGGUUGAAGGGGUAGGCAGCAAGGAGAAGGAUACCCAAGACAAAAUCAAAACUGAUAAAACAAUGGCUAGUAAAGUUGAGGAAGUCAAGGCGGAAGACAAAACGCAGCUACCAGCGGACCCUGUUCCGCCAGAGGGCGGCGAGAAAAAAGGCGGCACGAACGCCGAAGGAGAAAAAAAGGAGGGCGGUAAGAUGGAAGCAGCAAAAGGCGAGGGGGAUAAAGAAGGAAAACCUUUAAAAUUCAGUGCAACUCAACUUGAAUGGGACGAAAAAGGGGGCCAACAGACCCUAACCGUCACUAACACGACAGACGUGAAGCAAUGUAUGAAGAUCAAGUCAUCAGAUAACAAACUUUUCAAAGUGCAUCCGGUCUACUCGAAUGUCGAUCCAGGAAAAUCUCAAGAAAUCACCGUCCGCCGGGAUGCUGGUCCAGUAAAAUCGGAUAAAAUCGUUAUUGUGACUGCUCCGAAUAAAGACGACGAUGAUCCUGAGAAAUUAUUCGAAAAAGCAGAUUUGAAGCUUGCCGUUUCAGUGGUUAGGCAAACAGGAAAGGGAGAAACAAAGCCGGACGAAGAGAAGCCAAAAGAUGAAAAAUAA